AGUGCUUGCUCGGCGCCGCUCGCUCUCCCGCAGUCUUCACUGGGACAUCCGACGGAGCUGACGCAGCUUCCCUCCGCGCGGGAUUACUUCGACGCUAGUUAUUAUUUCGGGGGGGAUAUCAUCCUUUUCACUGGUGCUGUGUGAACGAUGUUGACUGGUGCAAGAGGCUCUGAGGUGGCGACAGGUCCUCAGUGACUGCAGCCGACUGACUGUCCCCUGUCACCCCCCCUCCAGGACCAGCCUUUGAAGUGAGACCUGGAGCGCUCCCCAGCCAAGAAGACUCCUCCCUGUCCCUCCUGCCACCUUCAAAUUCUCUGAGGGACAAGGACACACAAAGUCACGGAGAGAAGGACUGAGGAAGACUAAGUGAUAGUGGGAUUUUAAGGGACUAACCAUCAACACACCCUUAGACGGAUUAUUGCACUCCACAGGACCGUAACAUGGGGAACCAGUUAACAGAAAUCGCCCCCAGCACCCCAUUCCUCCCCAACUUCCAGUCGCUGCAUGUGGUGGUGAUUGGUUUGGACUCUGCAGGGAAAACCUCCCUCCUCUACAGACUCAAGCUGCAGGAGUUUGUUGAGACGAUCCCCACCAAGGGCUUUAACAUGGAGCGGAUUAAGGUACCCAUGGGAAACGCCAAAAGCAACAGCACCACCUUCCAGGUGUGGGACGUUGGCGGACAGGACAAACUGAGGCCCCUCUGGAAGUCGUACACCAGGAGGACUGAGGGGCUGGUAUUCGUGGUGGAUGCGGUCGAGGCUGAGCGCAUGGAGGAGGCCAAAGUGGAGCUCCACAGGAUUGCUCGUUCAGCAGAGAACCAGGGGGUGCCCAUACUGGUUCUGGCAAACAAACAGGACCUAGAUGGAGCCUUGUCGGCUUUAGAGGUAGAGAAGGUGCUGGCCCUCCAUGAGCUCAGCCCGUCCACACUGCACCACACGCAGGGCUGCUCGGCACUGGAUGGUCAGGGUCUGCAGCCUGGCCUCGAGAAACUCUAUGAAAUGAUCCUGAAGAGGAAGAGGAUGCUGCGGCACAGCAAGAAGAAGAGAUGAGGGAGGAGGUGUGGAGUCACAGUGAUGUAGGGGAUGGAGGUUUCUUCCUGAGCCUCUGCUUGUCUGAGAAACUGCAGCUUCUGGGGUGAAACCAAGGGAUGGCUGGCAGUCCUUCCGAAGAGUUGCAUUGUUUCCAACCAAUUUCAAACUCUGAAGUCUGCAGCCAUUGUGAACACCUUCCUGCAUCAGCUUGGACAGACCUGCAUCUUUUGGGAUUGUUUGAUGCUCUCAGGCACUUUUCCCCCUCCUCACCUCCCAUCCUGAAACGAGCAUGGUGGAGGCACACACAGCUCCAGAGAGAACAACGGAGAGAAAUCCAGUGCAAUAUAUGAUGAACACUAAGUCCACCAUUGAAGGAUAUUUUUACCACUGUUUAUAAAAACUUAGUAGUUUCUGUAGUUCCAACAGAAACCUGCAGGUGGUCUGAGCCUAGCUCCUGUUCCUCCCACCAUGUUUCAUUGUUACUGUAAAUCUUUAUGUUGCAUGAUGUUCACCCGAAUAAUCUGCUCGGAAAUAGUAAGCAACACUUUUGUAGAUCAAAAGAAGGCUUGUAAUUAUUGCGGGUUGGCAACUGCCCAGUGUUCAUUUACAUGUGCCACCAGAGAUAUUUACAGACAGACACACUGCGGCUGCUGAAUCCAGCCACAUGGCUUUUUACAUUUGCUUGUCACAGUUCCGGUGUGUUUCAGGGUUUGAUGAAUGAAUGGAUGGUUGGUUGGUUGGUUGGUUGGUUUACUUCAAUCAAGAAUAUGUUUUACAUUAUGUACAUAUGUUUGUGUAAAAUGUUAACAAAUGAAUAAAUUAUUGAGCAACUUUUGGCAUUA